GUGGAAUUGGUAAGGGUUUGGAGAUUUGUGGGCAUGUGUAUACUGCUCUUUGACUUACAGAGGAGGUGGGAGAAGUAGAUGUCGCUCAAGAGUAUCAUCCAAGACAUGAAAGGGGAUUUCGGUAGCAUCUCGAGGAAAGGAUUUGAGGUGAAGCUGGGUUAUGGCUUGCGAUCGAGAUCACAUCGAGUGGUUCAAGAUGUUUUCGUGCCAGUCGAUGCUAUGAGACAGAGCUGUUGGGCUAACAUGCCACCAGAGCUUCUGAGGGACGUGCUUAUGAGGUUAGAAGCUUCAGAGAAUACAUGGCCUCCGCGGAAGCACGUGGUCGCUUGUGCUGGGGUUUGCAGGAGUUGGAGAGAUAUUACAAUGGAGAUUGUUACGACCCCAGAAGUGUCCGGCAAGCUUACAUUUCCGAUUGCCUUGAAGCAGCCAGGCCCUAGAGACUCCCUCCUCCAAUGUUUCAUAAAACGGAACCGAGCCUCCCAAACAUACCAUCUUUACCUUGGACUAACUCAAGCUCAUAGUACACUAUCUGAUAAUGGCAAAUUCCUUCUUGCUGCACGCAAGUGUCGACGCCCUACCUGCACUGACUACAUCAUCUCUCUAGAUGCUGAUGAUAUGUCUAAGGGGAGUGGAACUUACAUUGGGAAGUUGAGGUCAAACUUUUUGGGGACCAAGUUUACGAUCUAUGAUGCACAGCCUCCUCAUGCUGGAGCCACGAUUACAAAAAGUCGUUCCACUCGGCUGGUGGGUUCGAAACAGGUCUCUCCCAGAAUCCCUGCUGCUAACUACUCAGUAGCGCACAUUUCAUAUGAGUUGAAUGUUUUGGGUUCCAGGGGUCCAAGGAGGAUGCACUGUACAAUGGAUGCCAUCCCUGCCUCUGCAAUUGAACCUGGGGGUGAGGCCCCCACACAGACUGAAUUCCCCCUUUGCAACCCGGAUUCCUUCCCUUCUCUUCCCUUUUUUAGAUCGAAAUCGACUCGCACAGACAAUGUCCUGUCAGGGCCUUUGACUACCCCGAAAGAUGGAGUGCUUGUGUUAAAGAAUAAGGCUCCUAGGUGGCAUGAACAGCUCCAAUGCUGGUGCCUGAAUUUCCGUGGACGAGUGACGGUUGCUUCAGUGAAGAACUUUCAGCUGGUGGCUUCUCCAGAGGAUGGAAUAGCAGGUCAGGAGCAUGAGAAGGUCAUCCUUCAGUUUGGGAAAGUGGGGAAGGACUUGUUCACCAUGGAUUAUCGGUAUCCACUCUCAGCAUUCCAGGCAUUUGCAAUCUGCCUCAGCAGCUUUGACACCAAGAUUGCUUGUGAGUGACAGUUAGCUGUGUUUGCAGCAUUUCCUGGUGUUUCGUGAGGGUACAGAGAAAGUGUUGAUCGCAAUUCAGCAAUGCAAUUCUAAAUGCUGAGGCUGGUGGACUGCAAUGGGCUACUAUUUUGUCAGCUGAGUCUCCUGUUUCUGCUUUUCUGUAUGUAUAUUUUGUGUGUACAUAAUAAAUAUUCUGGAAGAUGAGACAUUUAGGUAGAGUAAUUGGGUUUGUGCUCCUAGAUUCUAUUGUAUCUCUCUCUCUCUCUCUCUCUCCUCUCUCAAACCAAACCAGAGGCUAGAUUUUUC